AGUCUGUGGUCAAAAUUGACUCGUGUUCAUACCGCAUCCGUUACGAAAGAGAGGUUAUAUUUCUUUUAGGUCCUUACUUUUAGCAGGAUGUACGAGGAUUAUAACGAGUUCGAUGCCUACGAUGACUACGGGCCGCCAGAGGCACACGAUCAGUAUGAACGGCCAAGCUAUCGGCAGGUGCCCGAGUUAGUGCGCAACUUCCUGGUGUUUUUGCGCAACUGCAUCAAUGAGGGCAUGAUCUUCGAGAUUCAAAAUCUGUAUGAGAAUUCGUUUCCGAAGAUCUCGGAGCAGCUGUUUGACAAGUCGCCAUGGCCAGACGCUUCAACGAUCGCUCACAUCGUCGACAACGACCCCGUCUUUCUCACUCUUUAUAAAGAGUUAUAUUACCGUCAUAUCUAUGCACGCAUGCAAGGCCCAACGCUGGAACAGCGUCUCAACUCUUUUUACAAUUACUGCGAUCUCUUCAACUAUAUUCUUCACCCGGACACCCCAGUGCAAUUGGAAUUACCCGAUCAAUGGCUAUGGGAACUCAUUGAUGAAUUCGUCUAUCAGUUCCAAUCGUUUGCUCAGUAUCGUGCCAAUCUGUCCAACAAGACGCCGGACGAAAUUGAAAAUCUAAGUGCGCACAACAAGAUUUGGGAUGUCUUGUGCGUAUUGAACGUCCUACACUAUCUGGUUGACAAGUCAAAAAUUAAGAGCCAAUUGGAGGUGUACGCAAGUGGCGGUGAUCCGGAUUCUGUGGCUGGCGCCUUUGGCAGACAUUCCUUGUACAAGAUGCUCGGUUACUUCUCGCUCGUCGGACUUCUGCGGCUGCAUUCUCUGCUGGGCGAUUAUUAUCAAGCCAUCAAGGUUCUCGAGAACGUGGAGCUCUAUAAAAAGAGCGCGUACUCUCAUGUGCCUGGCUGUCAGAUAUCAACGGCAUACUACGUGGGCUUCGCGUACAUGAUGAUGCGUCGAUAUGCAGAUGCCAUUAGAACUUUUUCCGGCAUCCUGCUGUACAUCCAGCGUACAAAGCAACUCUUCGCUACGCGAAGUUACCAAAAUGAUCAGAUCAAUAAGCAGACAGAGCAGAUGUACCAUUUGCUCGCCAUAUGUCUAGUCUUACAUCCGCAGUGCAUAGACGAAGGCCUGCAGCAAGCUCUGCGGGAUAAGAAUUAUCAUGAAAAGAUGUACAAGAUGCAAUACGGGGAUCUCACCGAAUUUGAAAAUUGCUUCGUAUUCGCGUGUCCUAAAUUCCUGUCCUUGACACCGCCGAACCCGGACAAUCCCAAUGAGGAUUAUGUCCGCGAGGCUAUCAAGCAUCAAACCCAAGUAUUCAUGGAUGAAGUAGUGCAGCAGAAGAUGUUGCCGACUAUUCGCUCGUAUCUGAAGCUUUACACGACGUUGCCGUUGAGCAAAUUGGCCACGUUCAUGGGCAGCAAUACUAGAACCGACGAAGGCUGGGAUUUGGACAAGGAAGUCAGUGCACUGACGAUCCAUUUGCUGUGUUUCAAGCACAAGAUGAAGAAUAUCGUUUGGACGAAAGGCACAUCGGGAUUAGAUGGGAAAUUUCAAUCCGGAUCCGAGCUGGAUUUCUACAUCGAUAACGAUAUGAUUCACAUUGCCGACACGAAGGUAGCGCAUCGCUACGGAGACUUUUUCAUUCGCAAAAUACUAAAAUUCGAAGAACUGAAUCGCAAAUUGCAUCACAUAAAGAUUUAAUUGUACAUUAUUAUACAAUUAUUAUAUUAAAUAUUUUGACAGUGCAUUUGAUGUGUAUAAAUGUGCAGUAAAAAUACAAUAUUCGCAAAAAAUUAUUGCGAAUACGUUUCCUUUGUCGAUACAAAUCAUUCAUAAUUCUGUACUUCUAGCUUUUUACAAAUGCAAAUAUAUCUGUAUUUAGCAGAGACAUAAUAAAUUCAAUUACAAAAAGAA